UAUAAUCAUUUUUUUCCCCGGAUCGCGCACACGUUGGUCACUUGAGAUUUCGUGCGUAUAUGCGCGCACACGCACGCACGCAAGUCAAAGUAUUUGUUUAAUGUCAGCUCAAUCAUACGUGGCUACAUCCGUAUAUCGAUUAUUUUCAUAGGGGGUCAGUAGUGGAGUAGUGUUCCACCUGUCAGUCGGACGCGUUGUAGUUCCUACUACUUCCAGACGUGAUACAUUCAGUAGUUCGCGUAUCUCUUAGGAAUACGCUCCUACACACGGCUAUGUUCUUGUCGGCGCUCCUCGAGUAAGACGUACUCAAGUCGAAUAAAUUAUCAUUAUGAUGAAGCAUCAGCAAGUUACUGUAGACAUGGUAAACAUGGUGUUUACCGCUUGCUCCUACUUGGCGCUCGCUGGUGCGGUUUGGAUAUUCCUUCGGCUCAUUCAGGCUUGCUUUUGGCUGCCGAAGCAUCUGAAGAGGCAAAAUGACGUUCAGAAAAUGUUACAGGAGAAGGUGGACAGCUACGAGAAGUACGUGUUCGAGUGCGAGGAGAAGGAAAAGGCGGAAAUGUUGGACCAGAUCGACGACGGGAAAAAGAGCCUCGAAAUGUCGGAGAAGUGGAAGGAACGAAGGGAAUGCCUGGACAUGCUGAAGCGUGAGCUGCAGAGAGUUCAGGAAGGCAAGGACAUGUCCGACUGGGAUAGCUUGCUGGACGAGGAGUUGAAGAAGCACGCGGAGGAACUGGACUCCGAGAAAUUGUUCGAGGAGGAGGAGGAGGAUAAGCAGGAGAAAUCUAAAAAUAAAGACAACAAAGAGAAAAGUAACGGUGAAAAAGAGGGCAAGAAAUUGAUCGAGGUGGACAACGAGCCGAAGAAGGAGAAAUAAUGUCCGUCGAAUGUCUUAAAAGUGCCUUAACGAGACUUUUACGAAAGUUUUGCCGAACCACUUUAUAAUCAUUUGAUACACAUAGAGGAAUACUCGAGCGAAAACGGAAAGCUGUUUAUAUAAACGGUCUUGCGGGAUAUUCUGCGUCGACAGCUUCACGCAGCGUCGGUAAUUGACAAUUAAGCGAUUGAAAGGGAGAAGUUGCUCGACAAAUUGAAUCCCUCGAAUGCGCGCAUACACGAUUCUAUUGUUUGAUUAAUAAGUUUAACUCACACAAUUCAAUGUAUUUACUAAUAUAAAGAUGGUUUUUUUCCGCCUGUAGAAUACAAGUAAGUUUUAUCAUGAAUUAAUUUAGUGUUUUACACACGAGUGACAUGUAAUUUGCGACAUUGUGAGAAUUAUUAUGUAUAAUCGAUGUAAAGGAGUACGUCUCUUUCGUAGACAAUCGCACAUUUGCGACCGAAAUGGGGAAUAAAGUCUUAUAUAAGCGCAUACAUAUAAGCAUAUGACGUUCUCGAAAAGCGAAAAGGAGGGAAAUUAC